AUGAGCAGUCAGUAUGAGAAUAACACUCAGAAAGGAAGAUACACCAUAAAUGAAGACACCCAGGUGGGAGUUCUCAGCAUCACCAUGGAGAAGCUCACAGUACAAGACACUGGGGACUACUGGUGUGCUCUUUAUGAUGACUCUUGCCUCUUCCGAAUAAAGGAAAUUAAGACAGUUUUCAUAAGUCUCCGAGUUCAAACACUUGAUGCUGAGGAGAGGCGAUUGGAAGGAAGCACUCUAUAUAUCCAGUGUCCUUACAAUGGAGAGACUCAGUACUGGCAUCUGAAAGCCUGGUGCCGUGUGAGAGAUUACAGCUGUGAGCCCUUAGUGGAGAUCUCUUCAACACAACACCCAUACUCAAAGCAGGUCACAAAGGAGAAAGUUACCAUAGAGGAUUACCCCGUGAAUAGGACCGUGUCCAUCACCAUGACUAACCUCCAGGCAGAGGACUCAGGCACAUACUCAUGUGCUUAUCACUACAACUAUCUUCCACUAAAGACGAUCUCACUGAGUAUUUUCAAGGAGUUGCAUAAGUGGGAGUUGGACAGUCUCUCUGUGCAGUGCCCAUACAGCAGCCUCAGGUACAGCACAGGGACAAAAGCCUGGUGUCGAACAGAAGGUCAGACUGCAUGUAAAAACGUGGUGAGAACAGAUUAUCCUUCAACACAACGUAACAGCAAAGCUCUGGUAGAUAGAACAUCAAUCCAGGAUGACACCCAGAAAAGGACCGUCACCAUCACCAUGGAGAAGCUGCAGGCCCAGGACACCGGCACGUACUUGUGUGUGAUCUACAGAGGCUCUCAUCCCACCUGGAAAAUGGAGGUCAGGCUCUCUGUGUCCAAGAGGUACCGCAGGACACCUCAGCAAGGCAGAGUCACGAUCCAGGAUGACAGCCAGCAGGGAAUUGUCACCAUCACCAUGGAGAAGCUGGAGGCACAGGACUCCGGCGUGUACUGGUGUGCGCUUCAUGAACAGAGUCGACUUUUCCGAAUGGAGGAGGUUACGCUCAAUAUUUCUGAUGCAUUGGCUAGAACAACUUUGUCAGGUACUGCAGGCACAAAUCAGGCAACUCCUGGCAAAACCCCAGCACCGAGCUCAAAUGUAAACACCUUCAUUCUACUCUCUGGGGUCCUGAGCAUCCUGUUCAUCCUGGCACUCAUCAGCUUGAUAACACUGGGCAUCAGGCGGCGCAAGCAGCUGCAGAGACAAGGUAACAGACAGGCAGAGGACACCUAUGACAAACCAGAGCACAUCUAUGACAAACCAGAAGACACAGCACAGCUUGACAGCACUGAAAGAAUGGAAAGUCCCAAGGAUGACAGCAAAGACCUAAAAUAUGUUACCCUGAACUUUAAAUCCCGACUCAUUCCUGAGGAUCCUCUCUACUGUAAUGUUGAACCAAGUCAGGCUCACAGGAAACCCAAAGAUGAAAAUGUGGAAUAUGCUAGCAUUGCAUUCAAGCAGUUACCAACGAAUGACAAAGGAUGA